UUCGAAAUCCCAUCUCGGGCCUCGCCUUUUCCACUUAUUCACUUGUUGGCCCUCGCCUUUUGGAGUUCUUAAGUGAGGUCCCGUAGGUAUCCAAUGCCUUGAGGUUUCCUUUCUAAUUGGAUAUUUUCUGGAGGGAAUCUCUAAAAGAAAAUGCUAGCGGGUCAUCAAAGCUAUCCUCCAUAUUCUUAGUGGCAUUGCCGUGAUUAAGUGGGAAAUCUAGAGCGAUAUUCACCCAUGCCGAGAAGGGUGGAAGUCCGUGAUGGCCCAUAAGAAAAAAAGUAAUAUAGAAUAACUAAUACCCUGUAUUUAUAUCCACAUCGUCAAGCUAUCAAAGUAGAGUUGGGCCAAAAAGAAAACUUUCAGAGCUUGGGGGUUCCAUAGUCUAUCCUCAGACAAUACUUAUGCAGUCCUUUGAUUGGUCCAAAGCCCCACAACCCUCCGACCAUAUCAUCUCCGCCAGAGCCUGUACCUCCAUCGCCUCCUAUGUAUGGGCAAUGAACAGUUUAUUACAGCCCCAGAAAUCACAAGAAAUUACAAGAAACGAAGAAGAAGAAGCAGCGGCAGCAGCAGCGGCGGCAGAAAAAGAAGAAGAAGAAGAAGAAGAAGAAGAAGAAGAAGAUCAAAGGAAGGAGAAUCAAGAAAACAUAGAGAGAAGAGGAGUUCAAGAUCAAGAACUCGCCAUCGCCCCUCAGCUCGAGCUGCCCCAAGAAGAAGAAGAUCAAAGGAAGGAGAAGCAAGAAAACAUAGAGAGGAGAGAAGGUCAAGAUCAAGAGCUCAACGUUGCCCCUCGGCUUGACCCGCCCCAAGAAGAAGAAGAAAGAGCGAGAUGUGAGUGGGACUUCCAUCUCUCCGCCGUCGUCUCCACUGCCGCCGCAUCCUCUUCCGACACUCUCGGCGUCAUUGAAUUUGACUCGCCUGGCGCGCUCAUUGCCACCGGUGGGAUUGCUCGGAAGAUCAGGAUUUACAGCUUGAGCUCUCUCGUGUCCCAAGAAAGUGACCAAACAACAACUGCAUUUUCGGAGCACUCCAGUGCCUGCAGCUACUACAUAUGCACUCCGGCGAAGCUGAGCAGUCUCAGGUGGCGGCCCGGCUCAGGCAGCCGCGUCAUUGGGUCUGGCGACUAUGAUGGGGUUAUCACGGAGUAUGACCUCGAGCGGCGGGUGCCGGUGUUCGAGCGUGAUGAGCACGGCGGCCGACGGGUCUGGAGCGUGGACUACUCGAGCUCAGGUCCGGCCGUCGGGGCAUCUGGGUCCGACGAUGGGACAAUGCAGCUCUGGGACCCACGCUGCAGCGACAGCGGGGGGUGCCUUUCCACGGUGCGGCCCGGAGAAGUGGGUCGGAGCACCGCCGUAUGCAGCGUCGAGUUCAGCCCGUUCGACAGCACGACUGUGGCCGUCGGGUGCGCGGACCGGAGAGCCUACACCUAUGACCUGCGCAACAUGUCGGGCCCGGUCCGGGUCUUUGAUGGGCAUGCAAAGGCGGUGACCUACGCCAAGUUCCUUGGCGCGCAAGCGCUGGUGUCGGCUAGCAUCGACAGCUGCCUGAAGCUGUGGAAUGUGGCGGACGCGUGCGUGGUCCGCACAUAUCGGGGCCACGUGAACGCACGGAACUUCGUCGGGCUGUCCGUGUGGCGAGACGGCGGGUUGAUCGCGUGUGGCUCAGAGAGCGACCAGGUGUUCGUGUACGACGCGAAGUGGGGCGAGCCCAUCUGGGCCCACCGGUUCGAGCGCGGGUUCGUGAGCAGCGUGUGCUGGAGGCAGGCUGGCUCGGACAGGUGCACGCUCGUCGCGGGCGGGUCGGACGGUGUUUUGCAGCUCUUUGUGGGCACGAGGAAGGCAUCAUCAUCACGAGGAUGAUCGUCUGAACGUAUGAUUCCACCACUGAAAGGCUCGGAAAUGAAAGAAAAUUGGUGAGUGAGGAAAGAAUAGAAGCUCUUUAUUUUUCAAUCUUCUCUCUCCAGCUUAUCGGUUAAUGUUAGCAUUACCAUCUAUUUCUUUCAUGGAAAUGCUCAUGGUAUUCUUCUUCAUUGCAUUAUCUUAUAGACGGUUCUUUAAUCGAUCUAGAGGUUGGAAUCUUAUCCUGUUGGACAUACAUCGGAAACGAUGCGGUCAGGUCCCUUUUUUUGUUUUUGUUUUUGUUUUAUUCUUCUUCUGAACAACAUUUAUUUUGUUUUUCUUUUCCAUCUUUUGUAUGCCUAGGAAUUGCCAUGCAUUGUGUUUCCUCGAGAGAAUGGAUAAGAUUUUGGUCAGAAUUCUUUUGGCAGCUUCCGCGUCACGAGCUGAUGAUUCUUCAUAAAACCUAUUUCCCGUUCUGUCUCUCUAAAAUUGUUUCUGCUGUCUUGAAUUGAUACUCAAUAAAAUCAAGCCUAUGGCCAGUUUCUGCA